AUGCUGCGGCGUAUCCCUGACAAGAGUACCUUAGGAAAGAUUGUAGUGCUAAAUGGAAUCCCUUGUAAUCGGGGCUGCUCGGAAAGCCGUGUGAACCUCCACCAGGCUGGGUUUCGCAGAUGUUCGGUGAAUGUCACAGGAUUGAAGCGCCAUCCCUUCGGCCUCGAUACUUCCCCCACAGCACUGAACACCACUCAUCCACAUCCUCAUCACCGAUCGUCUUGUCGUCUCACCAGCAUGGGCUUGGCUACGUAUACCGCUACUUGGGCAGCUAUCGGGUUCGGGAUCCGAUGUUAUCAGCUGGGCGUCAUGCAGAGACCUCUAUUCACUAACUUGUGGGCUCAUGGAAUCUCAACGGGACUUUUCGGCUCACUUGGCUAUUACUUCUAUCAUCUCAAAAUCCGCCAACGUGAAUUACUGGAAGAAAGAAGGGAGGAAAGCAAAAUAUUUCAAGAGGCUCAAAAGAUUAGAAACGCGCUCAGGAAACAACAACAGGAGCAACUCGACUCAAACAUGUCACAUUAG